GGGGGCGGGGCGCGGCGCGGAAAGGGGAGCGGCGGCCAGCGGGCGGCGGCGGGCACCGGCUGCGCGAGCAGGUACCCGCGGCGGAGGUGGCCAGGCCGCCCCGGGGGGGCGAGCGCGAAGGCGGGGGCUCGGGCCCGCCGCGCCCCCAUGCCGCGGUGAGCACUCGCGCUCGGCGCACUUGUCGCCGCUCCGCGCCAGCCCCAGCGAGCCGGCUCUCUCCGCCCCGCCAGCCCGGGCCCUACCUGCGGCCGCCGUCGGGGGAGGGGGGUCCCCCCAGCUCUGCGGAGCCGCAUGAACAAUAGGCGGCGGCGGUUCCUGCGGGCGGCGGCAGCCCCGCACCCUAUGGAUCGGCCGCUCCAUGGAGCCCUCCAGAGCGCUUCUCGGCUGCCUGGCGAGCGCCGCCGCUGCCGCCCCGCCGGGGGAGGAUGGAGCGGGGGCCGCGGCCGAGGAGGAGGAGGAAGAGGAGGAGGAGGCGGCGGCGGCCCCCGGGGAGCUGGGUUCCGAAGCACCGCUGCCCUACUGGACGGCGGUGUUCGAGUACGAGGCUGCAGGCGAGGACGAGCUGACCCUGCGGCUGGGCGACGUGGUGGAGGUGCUGUCCAAGGACUCGCAGGUGUCCGGCGACGAGGGCUGGUGGACCGGGCAGCUGAACCAGCGGGUGGGCAUCUUCCCCAGCAACUACGUGACCCCGCGCAGCGCCUUCUCCAGUCGUUGCCAGCACGGCGGCGAGGACCCCAGUUGCUACCCGCCCAUUCAGUUGUUAGAGAUUGAUUUUGCGGAGCUAACCCUGGAAGAGAUUAUUGGCAUCGGGGGCUUUGGGAAGGUCUAUCGUGCUUUCUGGAUAGGGGAUGAGGUUGCCGUGAAAGCAGCUCGCCACGACCCCGAUGAGGACAUCAGCCAAACCAUAGAGAAUGUUCGCCAGGAGGCCAAGCUCUUUGCCAUGCUGAAGCACCCCAACAUCAUUGCCCUCAGGGGUGUGUGUCUGAAGGAACCCAACCUCUGCUUGGUCAUGGAGUUUGCACGUGGAGGGCCUUUGAAUAGAGUGUUAUCUGGGAAAAGGAUUCCCCCGGACAUCCUGGUGAACUGGGCUGUGCAGAUUGCCAGAGGGAUGAACUACUUACAUGAUGAGGCAAUUGUCCCCAUCAUCCACCGCGACCUUAAGUCCAGUAACAUAUUGAUCCUCCAGAAGGUGGAGAAUGGAGACCUGAGCAACAAGAUUCUGAAGAUCACUGAUUUUGGCCUGGCUCGAGAAUGGCACCGAACCACAAAGAUGAGCGCAGCAGGGACAUAUGCUUGGAUGGCACCCGAAGUCAUCCGUGCCUCCAUGUUUUCCAAAGGCAGUGAUGUGUGGAGCUACGGGGUGCUGCUUUGGGAGCUCCUGACUGGCGAGGUGCCCUUCCGAGGAAUCGACGGCUUAGCCGUAGCUUAUGGAGUGGCCAUGAACAAGCUCGCUCUUCCCAUUCCUUCUACGUGCCCAGAACCUUUUGCCAAACUCAUGGAAGACUGCUGGAAUCCCGACCCUCACUCACGACCAUCUUUCACAAAUAUCCUGGACCAGCUAACUACCAUAGAGGAGUCUGGUUUCUUUGAAAUGCCCAAGGACUCCUUCCACUGCCUGCAGGAUGACUGGAAACAUGAGAUUCAGGAGAUGUUUGACCAACUCAGGGCCAAAGAAAAGGAGCUCCGCACCUGGGAGGAGGAACUGACGCGGGCCGCGCUCCAGCAGAAGACGCAGGAGGAGCUGCUGCGGCGCCGCGAGCAGGAGCUGGCCGAGCGGGAGAUCGACAUCCUAGAGCGGGAGCUCAACAUCAUCAUCCACCAGCUGUGCCAGGAGAAGCCCCGGGUGAAGAAACGCAAGGGCAAGUUCAGGAAGAGCCGGCUGAAGCUCAAGGAUGGGAACCGCAUCAGCCUUCCUUCCGAUUUCCAGCACAAGUUCACGGUUCAGGCCUCCCCCACCAUGGAUAAAAGGAAGAGUCUCACCAACAGCCGCUCCAGUCCUCCUGCGAGCCCCACCAUCAUUCCUCGCCUUCGAGCCAUCCAGUUGACACCAGGUGAAAGCAGCAAAACCUGGGGCCGGAACUCAGUCGUCCCCAAAGAAGAAGGGGAGGAGGAGGAGAAGAGGGCCCCCAAGAAGAAAGGACGGACGUGGGGGCCAAGUACACUUGGUCAGAAGGAGCUUGCCUCGGGAGACGAAGGAUCCCCUCAGAGACGUGAGAAAGCUAAUGGUUUAAGUACCCCAUCAGAGUCUCCACAUUUCCACCUGGGCCUCAAGUCCCUGGUAGAUGGAUAUAAACAGUGGUCGUCCAGUGCCCCCAACCUGGGGAAGGGCCCGAGGAGUAGCCCAGCCCUGCCAGGGUUCACCAGCCUUAUGGAGAUGGAGGAUGAGGACAGCGAAGGCCCCAGGAGUGGGGAGAGUCGUCUACAGCAUUCACCCAACCAGUCCUACCUCUGUAUCCCGUUCCCUCGCGGAGAGGAUGGGGAGGGCCCCUCCAGUGAUGGAGUCCACGAGGAGCCCACCCCAGUCAAUUCAGCCACCAGUACCCCUCAGCUGACGCCAACUAACAGCCUCAAGCGGGGUGGCACCCACCACCGCCGUUGUGAGGUGGCUCUGCUUGGCUGUGGGGCUGUUCUCGCGGCCACAGGCCUGGGCUUUGACCUGCUUGAAGCUGGCAAGUGCCAGCUGCUUCCCCCAGAGGAGCCUGAGCCACCAGCCCGGGAGGAGAAGAAGAGGCGUGAGGGUCUUUUCCAGAGGGCCAGCCGUCCUCGUCGGAGCACCAGCCCCCCAUCCCGGAAGCUCUUCAAGAAGGAGGAGCCCAUGCUGUUGCUAGGAGACCCCUCUGCCUCCCUCACGCUGCUUUCUCUCUCCUCCAUCUCCGAGUGCAACUCCACCCGCUCCCUGCUGCGUUCCGACAGUGACGAGAUCGUGGUGUACGAGAUGCCCAUCAGUCCGGUUGAAGCCCCACCCCUGACCCCUUGCACCCACAACCCCCUGGUCAACGUCCGAGUGGAACGCUUCAAGCGAGACCCUAACCAAUCCCUGACUCCUACCCAUGUCACCCUUACGGCCCCCACGCAGCCCAGCGGUCACCGGCGGACUCCUUCUGACGGGGCCCUCAAGCCAGCGGCUCUCCUAGCCAGCAGGAGCCCCUCCAGCAAUGGGUUGAGCCCCAGCCCAGGAACAGGAAUGUUGAAAACCCCCAGCCCCAGCCGAGACCCAGGUGAAUUCCCCCGCCUCCCUGACCCCAAUGUGGUCUUUCCCCCGACCCCAAGGCGCUGGAACACACAGCAGGAUUCUACCCUGGAGAGACCCAAGACCCUGGAGUUUCUGCCUCGGCCACGUCCUUCUGCCAACCGGCAACGGCUGGACCCUUGGUGGUUUGUGUCCCCCAGCCAUGCCCGUAGCGCCUCCCCAGCCAACAGCUCCAGCACGGAGACACCCAGCAACCUGGACUCCUGCUUCGCUAGCAGCAGCAGCACUGUGGAUGAGCGGCCCGGACUCCCGGCCCUGCUCCCGUUCCAAGCGGGGCCGCUGCCCCCUGCUGAGCGGACGCUUCUGGACCUGGACGCAGAGGGCCAGAGUCAGGACAGCACCGUGCCGCUGUGCAGAGCCGAACUGAACACACACAGGCCCGCCCCUUACGAGAUUCAGCAAGAGUUCUGGUCUUAACACGAAAAGGGUUGGGGGCGGGCAAGGGGGAAGCAGGAGGAGAUGGGGGGAGCUGGCUGGCACAGCCCUUUCUCGGAGUUGGACCCCCUGAAAUCCAGCCCUACUUCUUGCACUGAUAAUGCACUUUGAAGGUGGAAGGGAUGGAAGCAGGGCCACUUCAGAGGGCCCCCUGCCCUGUAGGGCCUUUCUGCCCAUGUCCACUGGAAGGGGCUGCGGCCAUCAGCUCUGGCUGUGUAGGGGAGGGAGGGGUGCGUGCAUGUCCCCCACCCUCCACAGUCUUCCUCGCCUUUACGGUGACUCUGCAGGGUCACUCAGCCAAAUCUGUCUGCUGCCCCCUCUCCUCAGCCCCCUGGGUAAGCCUGGAGCCUGUCCCGGAGUCCUUUUGUUAGCCCUGAGUUCAGCCUUCCCAAACACCAGUAUUGGAUGAUCUGUGAUUGAUUUUGCUCCUCUUCCACAUUCUUCCCCAGCAUCCAUGAAUCAGAGUCUCAUCUGGUGUGAGAUACACGCUUUUCUGUGCCCUAAGCCCUUACGUGCCCGCUGGAGGACUGAAGGCAAGGUGCCCCAGUGUGGGACGUAGGAGUUGAGGGACCUGGUACUUACCCGCCUGCCCUUCCAGGUGCCCCGCUUAUUUAUUUGAGCCCCACAGGGGUAAGGGGACCUGGGGGGAGGAGAGGGAAUUAGGAAAAACAGAGUCGAGUGGCAGCAAAGAGGGUAACAGAGUCUGCCCUUGUUCCUUUCGGAAACACACAAAUAAAGGCAGAAACCAGCACCUGUUGAUGGCAUCCAUCUCCUACCCGGGGUCUGGACGUGGCCAGACCAGUUUCCGAUACAAACAUGCUCAUCCCAGGGAUAGUUUCUUGGGAGACUCACUCACUGGUGCCAGUUCUGAAGCCAGAGACAAAGUUCCUGUGUUGGUCCGUUAUGUUGUUCUGGUCGUUAUGUGUUAUGCCCUUCCCUGGAUCUUUCCUCCAAUCCCUGGAGCCAGUGGAUUAUGUGUUUGGCUGGUAGAUAUCUCUGCACUGCACCAAAAUAGCAUAUUGGUGGUGGGGGGGUGGGAGGGUCCCGGACACUGGGAGCUGGAACUGUGGGGAUUUCUUCUCAGCCACACCAUCCAUUACGGAAUGCCCUUGAAGUAAAACGGAGCCAUUAGUGGUACCUUCCACGCACGGAUAUGGUGAGGCGAUGAUGUUCGUGGGGUGCUUAGUGAGCCACUGAUAUACAGGAACCUUUGAGCCCCAGGCACUGCAGACUGACCGAGGGCUCAUGCCUCUGGGCACAGGUGGCCCCUGAUGCUGGGCUCUGGACCCUGAGCUGGGUAGGAAGGAGAGCAGAGGCCAACCCUGACUUUUCUGGAAUCUGUUUCCUUAACUGGAAUGUUUAGCUGCUUGUGGAGCUUCCUCCUGUGUGCCUGCACCAUUUCCACUUCCCCUGGGGCCUCCCGUGUCAAGUGUGAGCGGUUGCCUUUGUGCAGGACGCACACGUAAACUUGAUUGGGAGCAGAGCCUUGGGUCAUGCUCCUCUCCCCUCCAGACUCUCCAAAUGUGGCUUCCCUGUCUCUUAUCAUGGAAUAUUUCCUUGGAGACGUUGGCGGACCGCCUGCAGGUUCCCUGCAUUUGCUGCCCGCCUGCCAGAAGGAGGAAAGCAGUGAAGCUGGCACAGAUGAUGAGUUUGGUCACCGCUCUGUCUCUCUGUCACUAUGAUCAAGUCCCAACCCGGGAAUGAGGAAAGGGGUGACCUUGGUUUUCGAAUGGCUCCCUGUUUUAUGAGCUCGCUGGCACUUUGGUUCAAGGGCCCCCCCUCAUCUUGGGUGGGAGGCACUCAGUUUUGUUGCCCAUGGUGUCUCAUCUCUCUCCUCUUUUUUCAGUGAAGACUGUAGAGAUUUUUUUUUUUUUUUUUUUUUGCCUCCGUCCCCUCACCCCUUGGCUGGGGUGGGGGGGGAGGGGUUGUGGAAUGUGAAUCCUAUUAACAGUUCCAGCCAACCGAGGGACUCCUCUUCAUUCUUGAUUGGGGAGGGGGCCACAGAUGGUGUGUUCUGGGCCCUUCCCUGGACUCUCCAUAGCCCCAGUUCCUAAGUCUCUAAUGUGUCUAUAAGCCCUUGGCUCCACUAAAUGGCCCUUUGGCGGGGCGCAGCACACAGCAUAAUCCAAACCUUGCUGGCUCUGGGCAGUGCUCUGUGCUGUGAGGCAAUUGACCGUUUUCUACUUUUUGUUGUUAGGUUGCAGCCAUCUUUUGGGGAAGUGGUAGUAUAACUGAUGUAAUGGGCACGGAGUGGUGGCCACUCGCCAUUGAGUAAGAGGCUGAACCCAUUUCUUACCCCUCCAGCCAGAGGAAAGACAAAGACUGGGUCUGCCAUUGGUAGAAUUGCACCUGUCGGAGGCGGAAGCAGGAUUAGUCCGAGGCUGCUUCGUGAGCUGGCGCAAAGACAGAGGCGUUCUCUCAGCUCCUCCAUAUCCCGUCUCUGAUGGGCCCCUGCCUGCCACGUUCUCUCUCUGUAGGGUGAGGCGUGGUGGGAUAAGGAUCCUAUAGAAUUUGAGUUGUCCACGUAGGCUCCCUUGUCUCUAUGGUCACGGUCAGGAGCAGGCCUUGAAGCUGGGAUUGAGCCCCUGCGUUGGCAGUAGCCAGAAUCCCUUUUUCUCUUUCCGUUUCUUUCCUUCUCUCUGUUCUUGGCAGGUGUUCAUUACCCAAAAGUGAUUGGAUGAUUGGAAUCCAGUGGCCCCCAGCAACAGGGGCCACCAGUGAUGGUGAUUGGAAACAGAUACUGCUCUCUGCCCUUUCUCCUCAGAUCCCUCGUCUCCUUCCACUGAUUCUAAACAGGAUUAUCCUCUGUUUACCCCCCCUUGGGGAUCCAGGUCCCUGCCAGGGGCUGAGUGGAUGUCUCCAUUAUCCUCAUAUUAUUUCCAAGAGGUUUGGUGGUUACUCUCUCUUCACUUCACAUCCUUUAGUAUCCCAAGGGUCUGGUAGUAAUGAUGAAGGUGAUGAUGAUGAUGUCUUCUAUUUGUCAACUGAGAAUAGUGCUACCCUUUCCUCCUGGCCUUUACAAAAUUGCAUCAUUUUCCUUCUGAUACACUUGCUGGUAGAGAAGAGAAAAUGCUUAAAGAGGAAGAAAUUCAAGGGAAGGGAAAUUUGAAAGCUGCCUGGACUGGUCGCUGAGUCGGGCACCAAGCUCUAAGACUUGAACAAGGUGUCUGUCUUCCACCAUCUGUUUUGCUGUCUGGCUCCCCUUUUAGCCACUCUCACAUUUCCUUCCUGUAAAAGCAACCAUUACCUGUUUCCCGGUCAAGGGCAAUGAGAACAUGUUUCAGAGCAGGUCGGCGAAGCAUGCAGCUCCCAGCCGCCCAUUAGGACAAAUUGCUGACCGUAACAGUGUGGUCCUCACCACUUUUGCCUCUAAGGGACUUGCCUAGUGUUUCUUACUUUGGUUUCUGGAAGAGUAGUGGUUUGGAGCUGGCUUAGAAUGACUAACGGGGGCCAUGGUCAGGCACAUCUUCUUCUGCGUUUAUGCAGCACCUGGUGUUUACUUACAGACCUCCUUCCUGAUCCCCCCACUUAACUUGUCAGGCUGGUCUUUCCCAGCAUUAGUGUCUUAGGAAGGAGGAAAAUAGGAGACCGGGAGGCUGGAGUCAGCAUCAGAAUGACAGUUUGGGGUCUUGGAGUUUUUAGGAGUCAUUCCCAGAGUCUUGUUUUUUUCGAGACUGGAAUGAGGCCAAUUUAAUUCUUGGAAGAAUCUUUGCGAGAAGGUCUGCCGGCCCUUGGGAUGCAUGUCCUGGUGUGAGGUUCUUGACAAGGCCCCUUUCCCUUCAGACCACGGUUGCUCAGGGACACAACAGGACACCCCAAGGGCAUCUAGGUGUGGCUUGUUGUCAACACUCCUAUUCCUCAGUCCCCACGUUGGGCCCCCCUCCUCCCGCUGGCCCCCACAAGGAGGGAGACCCCUCCUGAGCGUUGCUAACUCUUCAAGCUUGCUUUUAACAAAAGCACAGAACAGCGGGUUCUGAAAGGCUGGAAGGCUGUGAAUGGUUACACUUCAGGGAGCCUUGAUCUUUUCUUCAUGUGUUUAAUUAAGCCUGUGCUUUUGACUCAGGUAUGUGAGCAACCCCCCCCCCCCCACCCGCCUUCAAGCUGGUUGGAAACACUCCAUUGCCUCUUGGAGGAUUUGGGGGAAGAGGCAGGUGUUGCCCUUGCUGUAGUGCUGGGCCUUUCCUGAAAGCUCUGCCAGAGACUGGCCCUGGGUCAGGGGUGAGAGCAGCCCGCACCGCAGUGUGUUGUGAUCAUAAAUGACCAUGGUGGCAAGAACGGCAGGAACACGGUGACCUGAGCUGCCCACAUGCUAGUGUGCGAAGUUGCAAGUGUCUCCUCCCCUCUGUGGACCUGUGAGCCCAACAACGAACUGAGGAUGAUGCUCUCUUCCCUACCUGAAGCACGAAGCCCUUUAACUUUAAAAUGUGUGGUCCUGGAACCCAGGGUCCAGCACUGAUAAGCCUCACCUUGCUAGUUUAUUUCCCUUUGUGGAGAAAAGUGUGGGGGUUGGGUGGGGUGGGGGGUGGUUGUAGGUCAAAACCAGCCGAAUACUGGCAAUUUCCUGCGGUUCAGCCUACUAGGCCACUUGCCUCUCUCCUUGGCUUCAGGCCUGAGGAUGGCUUCUUGUCAAGCUACAUUUAGUCCUAGGAACACAUUCCUAAAUGCUCUCUUCUUUCAGACAAAUCAUUGCUUUCUUAGAUCAGGAAUUCAAAUUAGUAAAAAUCCACAUCAGAAAGGAGAACCCGCUGCUGCUUCUGGGAGUUCUCGGUCCCUGGCACCUUCCGGGCCUUGCCACUGGACCCUUGGCAUCUCAGGCACUGGUGUUUGAAGGCAGGAGGCAGAAACCGGAGUCCCGGCUAAUAACGGCUAAUUAAUAGGAUUUAGGUGCCUAACCAGCCUGACCCAGCUCUGGGCUUCUGGUUCGCUGUGCAGGUCAGGUGAACCUCUCAUCAUCUUCUCAGACUGCUGACGAUUUCCCAUUUGUUCUGAUGAGAUAUUGACAGCCCUCCCGCUUUGUUCAUUUCCGGUCUUGGGCACUGGCAGCACCCUGGCCUCCCUAGACAGCUCAGGGAGCCGGGUCAUUUGUUGUUCUGAAGGUCGGGCUCUUUCCUUAACCUGGAAGCCAGUAGGACUGGUCUUCCUGAUUCUUACUGCCUGUGGUUCCCUGCAUCCCCCGCCUGUAGCCUUGCUUCGGGUUGUUAGCUCACGACUACAGCUAGAAAUUGAGAAGAGCCAUUGUGUUGAGCUUCAUGCCCUUGGUACCCAGCUGUAGCAAAGAAGGGAGAUGAUGAACUUGUCAACUUUCUCCUCUGAUUUUCCUCACUAUCCAUCCUAAACACACACGCUCGCACAUUCACACACUCACAUAUUCACAUGCUCACAUACAGAUUUAGACUAUCUUCUAGAGGAUUAAGGAAAGAAGUUGGAGAUGGGUUUUACUUAGUUCGCAGAAAAGCUUUCUUUGGGAUUUUCCUUCCUGUUAGAGCCUUUGAGUCUAGGUAAAGUGAAAGUUCACAUAUGUGUUCGUUUUGUUUCUCUGUAAUUAGCUACUAGUUUUCAUCCCUAGGCCUUCCCUGUUUCAGUGUCUUGUUCAUAUGUCCUAACCCUGUGUCCUUGAAUUCCCAUUUUGCUUUGGGAUUUAAGUUAUUGUAAUUUGUCAACAAUAUUUAAAAAUAGAAAAGUCCUGAAGGAAACUUACCAGGUUCUUUUCUUUGGCUUUUUUUUUUUCAAGGUACUGUAAAUUGUUAACUAGGGAUGCCAAGCAGGCUUGGUUCAAUGGCUAAACCUCUUAUCGUAUUACAGUGUAAUGCCGAUUCAGCCUGGUCCCACCACCAGAGCACACACAGACUUGAAUAAAACUGUUAUAACAAUGA